AUGAAGUCCUCGUCAUUGCUGGGCUUUGCAGCCCUGUCGUUUCCCUGCUCGUCGUCACGUCUCCCGUCUGCCGAGCUUGGCACGAGACAAGCCGGUUCAUCAUGGUUUCUGCCGAAUCUGGACCAUACUUCAGGUCCUGUGAGAGGAUAUGUGCCGAAUCUGGUCAACGGUGCCGGACAGCCUAAUUACACCUACCCCGUCUACAAGGCUGUCAACUCUGGCGACUCUCAGGGCCUCAUUGACGCACUCUACUCGGAUGGACCGAGUGGCGGUCAGCGAGACAACUGUUGGCUUGCCGGCCAACCACGAGUGAUUUACUUGGCGCCGGACACCGACACCGUGAUCAUCGGCGAUGCCUCCAGGCCGCCCGUUAUCAAACCUAGCGCUGGAUUCAACGGCAACUACCUCAUCGUGGGUGGUCAGGGAGACGUCAAGAACGUUAUCCUGGAUACUACGGCAAACUCGGGCAGUGCAAGUUUCACAGCUUUGAGCUGGGCUGUUGCUCAGAACUGCGCGCUGGUAAAUGUGAAGAUCAACAUGCCUCAGGGUGCCCAUACUGGCAUUGUUAUGGGCGGAGGUUCGACAAUCUCGGUUUCUGGUGUGCAGUUCAACUUUGGCAACGUUGGCUUGCAUUGGAGAGUAUCGACAGGCCACCAACAGGGACAAAUCAAGGGCAUGACAUUUAACAAAUGCACAACCGGCAUUCUGAUCGACAGCGGCUUCACAAUCAGUAUAUUUGCGCCGGUGUGUAACACCGUCGGCAACUGCAUCGUCGUCAACUCGGGCAACGCCUGGGUCGCCGUCGUCGACGGGCAGAGCAUCAACUCGGGCGACUUCUUCACCAGCCGGGUCGACUUCCCCAACUUCAUGCUUGAGAACAUCUCCAAGGACACCACCAACUCCAACAUGGUCACUGUCGGGGGUAGCGUCAAAGUCGGCGGAGUGACGAGCUUGGGGACGUACAUUUACGGCAACACUCGAGGCGCCAACCCAAUUUACCAAUCAGACCCGACUCCGAAGCCAGUCUCGAGACCGGCGGCCCUUGCUCCAGGUGGUAGGUAUCCUGUAAUCAAUGCGCCGCAGUAUGCGGAAAGGACGGCCUCGGAUGUUGUGAACCUCAAAGACAUGAAGCAGAACGGAGGCUUCAAUCUGCACGGAGAUGGUUCCGCCGAUGAUACGGCGGCGCUGCAGGGCGCUCUCAACACGGCAGCCAGUCAGGGAAAGAUUGCAUACCUGCCGUUCGGCAUCUACAGAGUCACGUCGACCGUCACCGUACCCCCCGGCACCGAGUUGUACGGGGAAGCUUGGUCCACGAUUUCUGCAUCAGGCAGCGCCUUCUCGUCCGAGUCGAGCCCCAGACCGGUCGUGCAAGUCGGCAGCUCACCGGGCCAAAGGGGCACGGCGCGCAUCCAAGACGUUCGCUUCACCGUCAACGAAGCGCUGCCCGGGGCCAUUCUCCUGCGAAUCAACAUGGCGGGCGACAGACCGGGCGACGUAGCCGUGCUCAACUCACUCAACACCAUUGGCGGCACCUGCGACACAUCGGUCAGCUGCAGCAGCGAAGCCAACUGCCGCGCCGCCUACCUCGGGCUACACCUCGCGGCCGGGUCAUCGGCGUACGUGGACAACUUCUGGUCCUGGGUAGCGGAUCACGCCAGCGACGACAGCAACAAGGGCAUCCGCACGGCGGUCAAGGGAGGAGUUCUCAUCGAGGCCACCGCAGGAACGUGGAUCACGGGCCUUGGAUCAGAGCACAACUGGCUGUACCAGCUGAGCCUGCACAACGCCGCCAACGUCUUCGUCUCGCUCUUCCAAAGCGAGACCAACUACAACCAGGGCUCCCACGGAGCGCCGCUGCCAGGACGGCCCUUCAACGCCACUGCUUCGGAUCCCGACUUCUCAUGGUGCGGCGGCGGCGAUGACGUGUGCCGGAUGGGCCUCGCGCAGUACUACGUCGGCCGCAACAGCGGCAUAUACCACUAUGCUGCGGGCAGCUGGAACUUUAGGUCGUUGACGGGCGUGGACCAGGGCCUGAUGAACUAUAUUCAGAACACGGUGAGCAACGGGAACCUGCACGGGUACACUUCGGGGCCCAAUACCGCCGAGGCCAUGAGGCUGCCGAGUGGCGACGAGUUUGGAAACGGCGGCAAGGACGGCUAUGGAGGGUCGUGGGGGACGCUCAUUGCGGAUGUCUCCAGCCAGGUGUAG